GCUAAACUGGGUAAAGUGUAUCAAUAAAUUUCGACCAGAAAAUUAAUAAUGAAUGAAUAAAGAAUGAAGUGCUUAUUAAAAAUACUGUUAAUAGUACUCUUCAGUAUUAUUAUCCGUCAUGUUGAAACACAGACUUCUUCUGCUAUACCAGAGAUCAUACAAGAUUGCUACAAGAGCGAUUUUAAAAUUACCGCUAGACCACCGUUGACUCUCCAUCUGCUAAUCGAAUUAUUAAGAAAAAUAGAAAUAGACGAGAGGAAUGCUAUUAGUGCGAGAUUACUUGCAACCUCCAUAAUACACGGAGUAUUGUUUAACGGCAUUCGCAGAACGAGGAAUACUCAAAGAGAAAACGAAGAUUUCAUCCCAUUCAGAGCUCUGGGUGAUGAAUUUUACAAUUACAAACUGUUGGCAGAUUAUUUGAUACCAGGACAAAUUGAUCUAUUUCCCAGGAACUCGCUCAGUUUAUCGGAAUUGUGCUUCCUCCAUACGAUUAUAUCCAGUACAGUUGAUCCUUUUGAGAGAGGCGAUGAAAGUUUAACGUGCAACGAUCGAUCAAGUAUGCCACUCGAAAUGGGCGAUUUCGGCGCGUUGAGUCGCUGUCCUCUGGCCAAAGGCGUGAUAAAAACUAAAUGGGGCCCGAUAGCUGCGACGCACCUAAUAUCAGGAAUCGCUGCCGGUCUGCAGGACAAUUCCGUGACGUUUGGGCGCGCUCUAAGGGCUAUUCAAAACGGAAACCAUAAUAGUGUCGAUGCGUCCGCGAUCGGUAAUAAUGAAGCGAAUAUCGUGUGGGUGGCAACAAUGGCCGGUGAUUUGGCGAGGGCGAUACUCAAUCAAACCACGGGAUCACCGCUCAUCGGAAAUAAAGGCUUCUGGAACGACACGUUGUUACCGAGAGCUUAUUACUUAAAGACGAGCACGUGGGAUAUGACAGAGGCUGACAUACUGGCAGGAAUCGAUGGGGCGAUUUUGGGUACUCACAUAAAAGGCUGGAUGGGAAUUUUGGAAAGCACCCGAAUCUCUCAAGUACUAGACAUGUAUUACUCCGAAAGGGGCAUUACUUAUCAAUUCGACUAUCGGGCAAACAAUAGAUCUAGCAGUUUUGAAUCUCUUCUUAGUGCUAUUAAUUUGGAAGAUCAGAUAAUCGGCUCCGCUAAAUUGUUGCAAACAAUAGGGCGCUUCAAGGUUAGUCCUUCAGACGAGGCUAUUAAGGAAUUCGCCAAAAUGCUAAGCGGCCAGUUCGAGACUGUCGCAGAGAAAUUAACUAAGAUGUACGAUGGUAUAGAAUACUUAAAUGGAAAGCAAAUGAGAGCCUCCCUCGAAGUAAUUAUUAUUCUUGACGACAGUUUCGACUACUACAAGGCACUGCAAAUGAUCUAUUUGCUGUCGGAAGCCAUUCAGGUGUCUUAUUACGCCAGCAAGGUAGGAAUUAUAAAUGGUCAAUCAGGAAAUUGGAUGGUUAACGUAACGGGAGAAGUGUUCCAGAUAUUCACGGACCUCAAUGAACCAAAUGAUAAAUGGCCUGGCUUUCUCUCCCUCGCCGACUCCCUGGAGACGCUGAUGGAUUACUAUCAAGACAAAACCAACAACGACUGCGCUGGCAGGCAACUCAAACCGGAAGGUCAAGUGAUCCUUGUCUUCAGCAAGGAUGGUCGAUUAACCGACGACGACGUAACCAGAUCCAGGCUCUUCAUACGUUCCCUGAAAACCACCUAUCCCGCCACUCGGAUGAUCUACGUUACGCAAACUGGAGAACACUCGCUGCAGCAGCUUUUGCAGGACGGUGAUUCGACAAUGAGAAGUUCGAGCGAUGUUGUUUCUUUGGUAGAACAAGUCGCCGAUCGGCUGAGCAGGAUCCCCGCCAAUCUUAUCAAAUUCUACUGCAAUGACACGGUCGUUUUCGAGGAUUUCAUAACGCCCCAGCUCGAGAGCGUGUACGAGAUAAACAAAGAGUACAUUCGGAGGGGCGUCGUCAACGCCGAGUUUAAAAACAGCGAUUAUGGCGAUCUCGUAGUCUGCGCUUACAAAAGUAACACAACGAACGACAGGGUAUGUAAAGGAAUAACUGUAAAUAGUGACAUCAGUUUCAACUCUGGAGAUUUCUGCGCACCGGAUUCGCCGAGCGAUGAUGUCCAUUUCACAGUCACGGCUAAUUCUAGCCGGAUCAGAUGUACAGAAUUUAAAUGCAGAUAUCCUGAUCAAGUACGGUUGACUAUCAAAUACACCUUUACAUCAACCGGAUCUAGAGUGUUAAGUAAGCUACUAUUAAUAAUUACGAAUAUAUUUUUACUGCUAAUUGUUAAUGAGAAUUAAUAAACAUAUUCGUUCCAUCGAUAUGAUUACGAAUACAUU